CAAAAAUUUGCAAUCUUCCUGCAGUAGAGUCCCUCAGCUACACCUGAUUAAUUAAGAAUGAGUGAGAUGUCUGCUCAUCAACAACUUCCAUCCUUAGCUGCUGAACGUCGUCGUGCAGACUAUCAUCCUAGUGUGUGGGGAGACUUUUUCCUCUCAGACGAUGCUUCUCAAGAAAGGAUGGACUUUGAUGACACGUCAAAGCAACAAAUUGAAGACUUGAAGAACGAGGUGAAGAGGAUAUUUGAAGUUGCUGCUUCCGAUGAUAACCGGAGAGAGCUAUUAAACUUGGUCAAUCAUACUCAACGUCUAGGCAUCGGUUAUCACUUUGAGAAAGAGAUUGAUGAAGCUCUGAAGCAAGUUCACGAGAGAAGCAUCGAGUCUGUGGAUGGUCCAAGCUUUGCCAGUGAUCUUUACACCACUGCCCUCAUGUUCAGGUUGCUAAGGCAGCAGGGUUACAAGAUAAAUAGCAGUGCGUUUAGCAAGUUCAAGGGUCCGGACGGAAACUUUGAUGAGUCACUUGAAACCGACGUGAGAGGUUUGCUGAGCUUAUAUGAAGCUAGCCAUCUCCGGACUCACGGAGAGGAUGUUCUUGAGGAAGCCCUAGCUUUCACUCUCACCCACCUUGCCUCCACGAAUGAGAAGCUCGGCCCUGCCCUCAUUAGAGAUGAGAUAAGCCGCUCCCAAAGGCAGUUUAACAUUCGUAAGGGGUUAACAAGACUAGAUUCACGAAAAUAUAUUAAAAUAUAUGAAGAAGAAGCUUCACACAAUAAAGUGCUCCUGAAGUUGGCAAAGUUAGAUUUCAACCUGCUACAGACGCUGCACCAAAGGGAAAUAGGCUGCAUCGUGAGGUGGUGGAAGAGCCUAUAUGUCAAGAAGAAUUUCCCUUUUACAAGAGACAGGAUCGUCGAGUGCUACUUCUGGAGUAUGCUAGCUUAUGAGCUAGAGCACGGAUCUUUUAGGAUAAUAUUUACCAAAGUAAUUGCCAUGAUCACCAUUAUUGAUGAUAUCUUCGAUGUCCAUGGCACAUUCGAAGAGCUGGAAGUCUUUACCCGUGCUGUUGAAAGGUGGGACAUGGAGGUCAUAGACGAGCUGCCUGACUAUAUGCAAGUGUGUUACCGAGCAUUGCUAGAUGUUUAUAGAGAAGCUGAGCACUUGUUGCCUGAGGAAGUAGGAUCUUAUAGCAUAUACUUCGGUAUAGAAUCGAUGAAAGGUAUGGUGAGAGCAUAUUUUGCUGAAGCGAAAUGGUACCAUCAUCAAUAUACCCCAACAAUGGAGGAGUACAUGCAAGUCGCAUUGGUCUCAGGUGGCGGUUUAUUCCUAGCAGCUACAGCCUUCGUAGGGUUAAAGGAUGUUGUAACCAAAGAUGACUUUGAAUGGCUGUUCAAAAUUCCGAAGAUUCUUAGGGGUUGUCAAAUCGUAAUUCGAUUAGUAAACGACAUGGUCACUCAUAAGUUUGAACAGAAGGUAGGCCAAGUGGCUUCAGCCGUGGAAUGCUACAUGAAGCAAUAUGGCGUCACUGAGGAGAAAGCAAAACAUGAACUCUGGAAGCAUGUCAAUGAUGCCUGGAAAGACAUCAAUGAAGAGGCCUUACACCAGACGGUCGUCUCGGCUCCACUACUUAAUAUGAUCGUCGACAUCGCCCGUAUGAUUGGUGUUUGGUAUGAAGAUAUUGAUAUCUACACACAUUCAAGCACCAGGAUGAAGGAUGGCAUUACUUCCCUGUUCAUCGAUCCUUUUCCCUUAGAUAUGUAUGGACAAAUGACUCCGAUUAACGUGGCACUUGCUCAAGAGCAACGUUGUUUGUUUUUCUUAUAUAAAAAAAAAGGUUACUUGCCCAAAACAACACCGUCCUCGCCCCACUCUCCUCCCCCAACCAAACGGCGACGUUGUUCCUCUCCCCCGCCCCUGUCGAACGACGUCGUCACUAUCAUCCCCUCCCUCCCCCAUCUGCAAUCAAAAUUAGGGCAAGAAAUCAAAAUUAGGGAUUUCCUGCCCUUAAACUUGGUCAAUCAUACUCAACGUCUAGGCAUCGGUUAUCACUUUGAGAAAGAGAUUGAUGAAGCUCUGAAGCAAGUUCACGAGAGAAGCAUCGAGUCUGUGGAUGGUCCAAGCUUUGCCAGUGAUCUUUACACCACUGCCCUCAUGUUCAGGUUGCUAAGGCAGCAGGGUUACAAGAUAAAUAGCAGUGCGUUUAGCAAGUUCAAGGGUCCGGACGGAAACUUUGAUGAGUCACUUGAAACCGACGUGAGAGGUUUGCUGAGCUUAUAUGAAGCUAGCCAUCUCCGGACUCACGGAGAGGAUGUUCUUGAGGAAGCCCUAGCUUUCACUCUCACCCACCUUGCCUCCACGAAUGAGAAGCUCGGCCCUGCCUUAAUUAGAGAUGAGAUAAGCCGCUCCCAAAGGCAGUUUAACAUUCGUAAGGGGUUAAUAAAACUAGAUUCACGAAAAUAUAUUAAAAUAUAUGAAGAAGAAGCUUCACACAAUGAAGUGCUCCUGAAGUUGGCAAAGUUAGAUUUCAACCUGCUACAGACGCUGCACCAAAGGAAACUAGGCUGCAUCGUGAGGAUAAUAUUUACCAAAGUAUUUGCCAUGAUCACCAUUAUUGAUGAUAUCUUUGAUGUCCAUGGCACAUUCGAAGAGCUGGAAGCAUUUACCCGUGCUGUUGAAAGGUGGGACAUGGAGGUCAUAGACGAGCUGCCUGACUAUAUGCAAGUGUGUUACAGGGCCUUGCUAGAUGUUUAUAGAGAAGCUGAGCACUUGUUGCCUGAGGAAGUAGGAUCUUAUCGCAUAUCCUUUGGUAUAGAAUCGAUGAAAGGUAUGGUGAGAGCACAGUUUGCCGAAGCGAAAUGGUUCCAUCGUCAAUAUACCCCAUCAAUGGAGGAGUACAUGCAGGUCGCAUUGGUCUCAACUGGCGGUUUACUCCUAUCAGCUACAGCUUUCGUAGGGUUAAAGGAUGCUUUUGAGCAGAAGGUAGGCCAAGCGGUUUCAGCCGUCGAAUGCUACAUGAAGCAAUAUGGAGUCACUGAGGAGGAAGCAAAACAUGAACUCUGGAAGCAUGUCAUUGAUGCCUGGAAAGACAUCAAUGAAGAGGCCCUACACCAGACGGUCGUCUCGGCUCCACUGCUUCAUAUGAUCAUUGACAUCGCCCGUAUGAUGGGUGUUUGGUAUGAAGAUAUUGAUAUCUACACACAUUCAAGGACCAAGAUGAAGGUUGGCAUUGCUUCCCUGUUCAUCGAUCCUUUUCCCUUAGAUAUGUAG